GUUUACAAAUUUAAAUUUAGUACAAAUUUAGGCGUUCUUUCGAUUGGUGGCAGACAUGAAGGAGAGUUUCGAUGUCAAUCUGGAUACAAAGGGAUUUGUUCAGUCAAAGAAAAUAAAUUGGUACUGGGCCCCAUUGUUCUGCGUUUUUUGGUUUGUUCUUUUUUACGUCGUUGUUAUCCCGAGCUUUUUUUCUUAUCCCGAAACUAAUUUAAUACGCGAUGAACGUCAUCAUCCAAAUGAAUUCAUUGGUGAAAGAGCUCAAAUUCAACUACUCGGAUUGUCAUCGAUUGGUGUAAAACUCACGGGCACAGUGGAAAAUGAAGUCUACGCAAUACAGUUUUUAUUGGAGGAAAUCGAGAAAAUAGCGUCUGCCUCGCGAAAGGAGUUAUACGACAUGGAAGUAGAUGUUCAGUAUUCAUCGGGAGACUUCGAGCUUUGGGAAAUGGCCACUUCCUAUCAUAAUGUCUCCAAUGUUAUUGUCAAGCUUUCGCCCAAGAACACAACAAGUGAAUCGUAUUUGUUGAUAAAUUCUCACUUCGAUUCAGAAGUAGCCUCACCCGCUGCUGCCGAUGCUGGCGUAAUGAUUGUGGUUAUGCUAGAAGUUCUACGUGUUAUUUCCUCGUCAGAAAAGGAGUUAAAGAAUCCGAUCGUUUUCUUAUUUAACGGUGCAGAAGAAAGUAAUCUCUUGGCUGCACAUGGUUUCAUAACGGAACAUAAAUGGGCACCGUACUGCAAAGCUCUGAUUAAUUUGGAUUCCACUGGAUCUGGAGGCAAAGAAGUUCUCUUCCAAACCGGCCCCAACCAUCCAUGGCUAAUCAAGUACUAUAAGAAAUCUGCACGCCAUCCAUUUGCGACCACAUUGGCCGAGGAACUGUUCCAGAAUAACUUUGUACCAUCCGAUACUGACUUUCGCAUAUUUCGUGAUCAUCGCGGCGUGCCUGGUCUCGACAUGGCACAUGCCCUCAAUGGUUAUAUUUAUCAUACGAAAUACGACAAUUUUCAUAAUCUGGAACGCGGAACGUAUCAGACAACCGGAGAUAAUGUGCUGGCCUUAGCAUGGGCUCUCGCAAAUGCAGAGGAGCUGACCAAUCCAGAAGAACACGCGGAGGGACAUGUUGUUUUCUAUGACUUCCUGGGCUGGUUUAUGGUGGCCUAUACAAAGACAACGGGCACGAUUAUUAACGUUAUAACCAGCUGCUGCGCUAUUAUUUUCAUUUUUCUGAGUGUUUUUCAAAUGCCCCAACGACGAGGAAAAGAGGAGACCAAACCGUUUUAUAUGCAGUUUUUUGUCAUCAUAAUUUGCCAGCUCGGUACGGUCCUUGUGGCAGCCGGCCUUACCAUUUUGAUUGCUGUUAUUGUAGACGCACUGAGUAUAACACAGUCAUGGUAUAGCGAGACAUGGUUAAUUUUUGGUUUAUAUUUUUGUCCCAUGUUCUUUAUAUUGGCUAUUGGUCCGGGCUUGUACAUCCACUGGACUAAAAAUAAGAAUUUACUGAACCUGGACAACAUAAUAGUUUCCUUUAUGCAUGCCCAUUGCCUAAUAUUGGCGGUUGUCUGCAUCGUUAUGACCGGACUCGACAUACGGUCGUCCUUCUUUGCAAUGAUAGCAGUGUUCUUUUACACCAUAUCGGUGAUCCUGAACAUGGUUCUGUCCAAAGUCACCACAAAGGAUUACUACUUCGUCGUCCAUUGCGCGUGCCAAAUAAUGCCAUUUUGGUUUUACACCUACAUGGCGUUCUUGUUUUUGACGUUUUUUAUUCCAAUGCAAGGGCGCGAUGGGCCCACUAGCAAACCGGAGCUGUUGCUGUCAGCAUUUUGUGUCCUCUGUACAUUACAUUUUGGCGGUUUUAUUAUGCCUAUUUUGAAUAAGUUCAAGAAAUCAAAAACCAUUUCCUCGGUUUUUGCUGCGUUGUGUGUGCUGUUUGUGGUGCUUGCUGCGACCCCUGCCGGCUUUCCAUACACCAAGGAUGUGCAUCCACAACGCUUUUACGUUCUGCAUACAGAACGAAUCAUCCACGACAACACGGGCGUUGUUGUCAAGAACGACACCGGCUUCUAUGUUCAACCGGUGGACACAAGGCCAGGCAGCUUGGAUGACACUACACUGAAAAAUGCUUUGCCUCAGUUUUGGAUAAAGGAAGAAUGUGCCACGGAAAUGUUUUGUGGAUUGCCAUUGUAUAGUUCAAGGUGGAUGAGCUGGAAGAACUCCUCAAAAUGGGUCCCGGCCAAACCUCCCAACCUAGUUAUACCCACCGAACUUAAACUGCUUUCUAAAGUGUACCAGGAGCCCACAAAAAUACGCUACGAAUUCUCACUGAAAGCAGCAGACAGGGUAGUCAUUUACAUUGAUCCGCACGCAGGAAAUACAAUAUCGAAUUGGUCGUUUAACCGAGUUCUUUUGGAUGAGGAUUACGACACACCCUAUUUUGCAUAUCACGUCCAUUCCAUGGCCGAAGCACCCUUUGAAUUUUGGAUAGAAGUGGAGAGAGUAGCCGUACAAACAGGUCCUUCAUUUCGUCUGGGUAUAGGAGCUCACUUCCUCUAUCACAGCCACACGUACACGGAAGAGUUCAACGGUUUCUUGGCUUCAUUCCCAGAUUGGGUCUAUCCAACGCACUGGGUUGCUUCAUACGAAAGCUGGCACUUCUAGACACUAAAUUAGAAACCGAUGGAAUCAACAUACUCCCAAAAAUGGCGCGACUUCGAAAUGUACAUGCAUCAAUUGUUUUAAUAUACUAUAGCUUAGCAUUUUGCAUAUUGAACAAUAAAGCGUCAUAUACGCAUGUAGUU